AUGAACACCGAACCCUUGGGAGAGGCCCAAGCUGCCAACAGCCCUCCCCAUGGCCCUCCCGAGGUGCCCCCGGGCAACAUGGCUGACAGCAGGUCUGUGGACAGCUCGCCAGAGCCAGCAGCAUCUCAGAGUCAAGGCCCUAUGCCCCCAGACAGCUGGUCCACUGGCAAUAACACAGCAUCUGAAGAACAGCAGGGUGUAGACCCGGCCUCCUUCAAGACGGCCACUUCUGAGGUGACAGCCACUUCCGGGUCCUCGGCCACAACUGGGAAUAGAGACUAUAAGGAGGCUGUUCCAGGUGACAAACAGGAGGGGGCAGCCAUCUCCGGGCUUCCCAAGGAACCUGAGGCUAUGCAGGUGCCCACAGAACCCCUGAGCCCAGGGUGGGCGCCCCUGCUGGAGAACAGAGGGAUGCUGUGGGACAGUGGCUUCCAGGGUGAGGACAAGAUGGCCCAGUCAGCAAGUGGCCUGGAACCCCUGGGACUUGCUGCCACUGCCCCAGAAGUCCAGGCUCACUUCUUCUACGACACGGACACUCAGUCUGAGCUGGCCGAGGGCCAGGAGGCCUUCAUCAUCGUCAUGGGCAGUGAAUUUUUCCCGGCUGAUGAGUGUCUGCAGGGGAUGGAGGUAGCCUUGGUGGACAGCUCUAGGGACCUGCAGUUUGAGUCUUUCCCACCCUCCCCCCCAGGCGGCUACACCCCACCCUCUCCGGGCCUGCAGAGGAGGCCGCUGGACUCCAGCUUGUACCGGGCUGCUGAGGACAACGGCUUCCUGCAUUCUAUGACCAGUCUGCUGGACGGCAGCGAGGGCUCCACCAGUUCCCUGGCUGACAUCUUGGUGCGGUCUGAGUCCAGCAUGGGCAUGGCCAUGGCCUUGGGUUUCUUGACCUCGGGCCACAGCUCCCCAACAGACCUGCUACACACCCCUGGGCCCAGCCUGCGCUCCAUCUCCAGUGUCCUAGGCCAAGCCGGCUCGGUUCUCUCCGCCAGACUGACUGCAAGCCCCGGCUCAGCCCUGCGCGCGGUCAGCCACGUGCUGGAGACAGUGGAGCGGAGAGCCAUGGAGAGCCUCCGCUCAGCCCUGCGCUUCGUCAACAACCACUUUGCCCUGCGCCGGGCCCCGCCUGACCCCAACAGCAACUAG